AUGUCUACCUCCAACUCUUCCACCGGCUCUAAGGCUCGUAAGCCUUCGACCCCUACUAGUACAAUCUACACUUUCGACUUCUGUGACAACACUGAACUCAGGGGAACGAAGAAGGUUGUCGUCCAGGGCCAGAUGCGCGGGCUGUCUCCUUUCCAGCGUGCCAAGCUCCUAUCGAGUGAGAGCCGCGUUUGCAUCGCUUAUCGCGACGGCAAUGAACUCCUGGUGCUCAAGGAAAACAUCAACUCGGACAUUCUGUACCACUACUGUCCAAACCUUCGUACCUUUUACGCUUGCUGCAAGGAGACCGGCCCAACCAUCGUUCUCCCGAACACCGAUCAGUUCAGCCUUGUCGGCGCUUUCGGUGUUGACUGGGUCAUCGAAAGCUUCGUGCACGAAGUGAGCCAAGGUGCUAGAUCGUUUUACAGCGACUUCGUUCCCUCGCACUCGAACCCGAAGCAGCUGUUCCACGCGGCGGCCGCAUUCCGUGCCUUUGAUCUGCCUCGGUUCGCCGAGGACCUCGUCGCUCGUGACAACGGCGCAAUUGUUCGUUCCUUGAAGCACACCGCUCGGAACAUCAAGUCACCAAAGGCUGUUGGUAAAUGGAUCCGCUCUCUUAAGAAAGACCCUCUCAUCUGCCAAGCCGACCAGGCCCUUCUGGUGGAGGCCUACAAGGUCCUUGCCAGGCGCAUUGAGGGCUACAACGGGAAGAAGGUGGAGAACACUGAGUAG